CCGUAAUGUUCGUCUCGGGAGACACAACAAUCAUCCAGAAACACGAAACGCCUUUUGUUUGUCUGUGUGAGUCUGUGAGAGAAAGAGAGAUAGAGAGAGAGAGAAGAGAUCACACCACACACGCAAAACUACACAUACUUUUGUUCUGCAAAUUAGGUUUUGGUUCCCUCCAAUUCUGAAAUGAAUCGGCGCAGCAGGAUCCUCCAAUUCGUGUAGCGAGGAGUCUCUUCUGAUCCCGUUCGCUGAUUCUAAUGGCCAGACGGGUCUUCGAAGCCUGGAAGGGAAGCAAUAAGUUUUUAUUUGGUGGGAGAUUGAUAUUUGGGCCAGAUGUUUGGUCUCUUCCUUUUACCAUACUGCUCAUUGUUACUCCAGUUUGUUUCUUCUCUGUAUUUGUUGCAACACAUCUUCGCCAAGAGCUCUUACCAAACAACGCUGGACAUGCCUUCUUAGUGGCAGGAGUUCUCCUUACUGUCUUUGUACUGAUCCUUCUCUUCAUCACUUCUGCGCGGGAUCCUGGAAUCGUUCCAAGAAAUAUGCAUCCGCCAGAGGAAGAGAUAUGCUAUGAUACAACUAUAUCAAGUGAUGGAAGACAAACACCCACUGUUCAAAUUCCUAGGACCAAGGAAGUCAUGGUUUAUGGUGUUCCUGUUAGAGUUAAAUAUUGCGAUACCUGCAUGCUUUACCGGCCUCCUCGUUGCUCCCAUUGUUCCAUUUGCAACAACUGCGUUGAGCGUUUUGAUCAUCAUUGCCCUUGGGUUGGCCAAUGCAUUGGAGUGAGAAACUAUAGGUACUUCUUUAUGUUUGUUUCCUCUGCAACUCUUCUCUGCAUCUACCUAUUUUCGAUGUCUGCUUUAUACGUCAAAGUUAUGAUGGAUAACCAUCAAGGCACUGUGUGGAGGGCAAUGAGAGAAUCACCCUGGGCGGUUUUGUUGAUGAUAUAUUGCUUUAUAUCUCUGUGGUUUGUUGGAGGGCUUACUGGUUUUCACUUGUACCUCAUUACCACAAACCAGACGACGUAUGAGAAUUUCCGGUACAGAUCAGACAAUAGAAUCAACGUUUAUAACCGUGGCUGUUCAAACAAUUUUUUUGAGAUAUUUUGCUCAAAAGGUAAACCGUCGAGGAAUGACUUCAGAGCGUUUGUCAAAGAAGAAUCUCCUAGGAAUAUUAGGUUGGCUACUACAUGGGAACGAGCAGAAGGAGAAAAUAGGGAGGAACGGCGUCAGAAGGUGGAAGACGAGCUAGACAUCGAUGAAGAUAUUAUGAACCUACAGCAACGUUCUAAUGUAGAAGAUGGAAGUGAUUCAGGGCAUCAAAAAAUCGAUAUUGACAUUAUGAGAGUCGAGUCUAGUGAGAGAGCACCGACGAUUCGAUCAGAAGCUAGGCAUGGUAACUGGGGAGCAAGAAGCAGCAACGCACAGGAAGAUAUAGUUGAUGUGUCUUCUUCAGUCAGGGAAAGUAGAAGCUAUGCAGCUGCAGAGGAGGGACGGUGAAGUAUGGUAGUAAAAAGUAAACAGGGUAAUUCUUUUGAAGCUUUCUUACUAAGUUUUAUCGUUUUCAAUUUUUUUUUUGUUCAUUAUUUUAUUGGUUUGGUUUGAUUUGGGAGUUGUGGACAACACACUAUGGUGGGGGUAUCUGUGAAUAAGCUUAGUGUAAAAGUUUGGGUAGAGGCCAAAAUUAAGUGCUUAAUUUUACAACUUCUUUAAAUGUUUUGAAGUGAUAAUUUCUUAGUCUUAUCAAAUAGACAGAACAGAACCACAUUUUUUUUUUAAA